AUGGAGCUCGACCCUCGCCUUGGCGCAACUGGCGAUAGAGCCUCUUCACUAACCAAUUUUGGCCCAGACGGAACCUCACGACCGUCGCCAAUCCAUCAUGCUCCUCCCGGCAGCAGCGCCUCGCUGAUGCCGCUCUCUGCUGCGACACACGACGCGCACGAUGAUCAUAACGACGCUGAUGAUACGCCCGGCGCAUCGACGGAGAAUAGAGACACGCCGCAGUAUCAGAACCAGCAGCUGCAGGACGCCGACCACGAUGGAGAUGGCACAGAUCCCAGACGUCCGAGAGCUUGUGAGGCUUGUCGUGGACUGAAGGUGCGCUGUGAACCGGACCCUAGCGACGAGGGACCGUGUAAGAGGUGUCGGAAGGCUGGCAGGAAUUGCGUCGUGACGAUGCCCACGCGCAAGCGACAAAAGAAGACGGAUAGUAGAGUCGCGGAGUUGGAGAAGAAGAUUGAUGCCUUGACAGCGAGCCUGCAAGCCAGAGGAGCGCCCGCCGGUGGUCAGGCGCAUGCGCAAGGCCAGGCGCAUGGCGUUGGCGACUCUCCUGGGCCCGUUGCGCCAAAACCGCUCAGCGAGGCCAACGCUCCCGCAUCUUCUUAUAACAGCAGUAUCAAAUGGAGCAAAACUGCGCAGCCCCCAACAUGGGGUUCGUUUUCGUCGACACAUUCCCCCAUGCCGCCGAUGCUUGCGGCUGAACACAAUGCUGAACGCGCAUCCCCAGCUGUGUCCACGGCGACAAUGACUCCGGCAACUGUCACUGGGCAGAAGAGGAAAUUCUCUGAAGGUCGCGAAGGCUCGAUUGAGCAGCGCAAUGCUGAGGAGACGCCGGCUGAGGCUCUGGCAGCGUAUCUGACAAGGGCGAAGGGUGGUGAUAUCGUCGACCGCGGGAUCAUUACUAUGGAGAAGGCUACGGAGCUGUUUGCUCGCUACAACGACCAUAUGAUCUCGCAUCUCCCAGCGAUAAUUUUUCAGCCUGGUUUCACAGCAUCUGAGCUCCGCAAGACAAAACCGAUAUUGUUCCUGGCCAUCAUGGCGGUUGCGUCGGCGGAGUCGCCUAUUCUUCAAAAGGUUCUUCAGAAAGAAAUGAAGCUCACAUUUGCUGAGAAAGUUAUGCUCUCGGGCGACAAGAGUCUAGAACUGGUGCAAGCGCUCAACGUCGCCGUGAUCUGGUACUGGCCACCAGAGCACUUCGAGGAACUCAAGUUCUACCAGCUGGUCCACACGUCAGCUGUCAUGGCCAUCGACAUUGGUCUUGGCCAAAAGUUCAAGCAGCGCCGCGGAAUAGUCAUGCCUGAAGCUUGGCGACCUGGACUACCCCCUUCAGCCAUUGGACCGGUAGGCCAGAACCGUCGAUGGGCACCUCCUGAUUCUACAAGCAUUGAGAGUCGCCGGACGUGGCUGACGUGCUACUUCCUGGCAGCUAAUACUUCCAUGGCACUGCAUCGACCUAAUCUCAUCCGCUGGACCUCUUUUAUGGAUGAGAGUCUACAUAUGCUGCGAUCAUCACCAGACGCUGCGCCCUCUGAUGCUUAUUUCUGCCAUCUCGUCUGGACUCAUCACUUGUCCGAAGAAGUAGGCGUGCAGUUUGCGCUCGACGACCCAACUGCAGAGAUCAGCAUGUCCGAUCCGAGAACACGACAUAUUCUUAAAGGUCUCGAGCGAGACUUGAGACAAUACAGAGAGAAAAUCCCUCCGGACUUAUUACAACCAACCCUUUUAAUAAGUUUCGGCGUGCUCAAUCUGUAUAUGCACGAAGUAGCACUGCAAUCCCGUACCACGGAAACCCUCCGGCCGCAAUUCUCAACCGCUGCUCUCCAAGAAGGCCUCGUUGGUGGGGACAAACUGUCUCCUGCACAUAUCAGUGCAGUGUCUACAUGCCUGACUUCCAUCAAAGACUCGCUCAACACAUUUCUGGCAAUGGACGUCUUCAGCGUGCGGUGUCUGCCAGUGUUUAACUUUGUCCGGGUUGCCUAUACCGUCGUCAUGCUCAUCAAGCUCUACUUCUCUGCAGCAAGCUCAGAACUUGGUCAGGUCGUGGACAAGGAGGAGAUGGAGGUCGGCAAGUAUCUCGACGGCCUGCUGGAUAAGUUUCGCGCAACCGCAGCGGACGACCGUUGUCGCCCAGCAGCUAAAUUCCUUGUGGUGCUCGUCAUGCUUCGUAGCUGGUUCUACAGACAAGCCGACUCGGAGUCCAAGGAGACAAAGUCGGUGCCCCAAUCGUCAUCGAUCAACCAAUCCCCCUCGCAACAGCAGCAGCAGCCGCCAAAACCAGUCAACAACUCGUCGUCACAACCCUCUGAUCACACGUCGACGGCCAACACCCCACUCCAGCUGCUCUCCGAAGUUGCUACCGGCGCCGGCUCCCGAAACCGCGAGUCGUCGGCCAGCCGGCCGCCGAUGGUAAGCUGGGGCGCCAAUAUGCCGCACCCGCAGCCCUUCUUCCAAGACACGCCCGACAACCCCUCCAGCACCGCGAGCUCCAUGCCCUACCAUAACGAACCAUUCUCAGCAGAUCUGGCCGCUGCAAUGGCGCCCGUGAUGCCAACACUGCCCCCCGCCACAGAUGGCAUGGGAGGCUACAACCCUGGGGACGUCCAUGACUUCGUCAACCUCAUUCCGGGCUGGGACCUGGAAGGUUUGGGGAUGGGUAUGGGCUCGCAGGGUAUGUGGGAAGACGGGAUGCGCAUCUUCCUUGAAGAGCCAUGGUUCAACACCAUGUUCCAGGGCAACCCAGCAGGAGGCAACAGCACCAUGAACUUUCAAUAA